AGCAAGAAAAUAGAAAUGCAUCGAUCAUGAAUAAAAAGCAACUUAAUAGACUAGGAUAUAAGGAAGUGAUUCAUGUCCUGUGGCUGCUCUUGUGAGGCAGAAUUAGAUGGCGUGAUUAGGUGGCUUUGCCGGAUGUAUGCAACUUGCUAUUGGUGGAGCAAAAUUUCUUGGACCAGACGUGGCUGAGGACGACACAAUUGAUGCAUGUUGGUAGUUAUAUGGUUGCUGCUUCUGCCCAGUCAGAAGGCGAUCCCAUAGGUAGAUGAGUCCUCAUCAUAUCUAUACGCCGGUCGUUUGAUCCACAUGUCGCUGUUGUGGCCGCCAACGGGCGUGGCAAACAAUUUUGAGCGUCUUCACCACAAAUGAGCUAGUCCACCAAAAACGCUCCUCUCUCCCUUUUCAUAAACCAUUUUGUUUCCUGCGGAUAAAGCGAAAGUGGAUGGAGCGGAGUAUAGGCGUCGCUCGUUCAUCAUGCACACGCCAGCCAGGGAUGCUGGGUUUCAACAUCUGCUUUAAGACACAUCAUCAUCAUAAUGCAAAAUCAUUAUACUCUUUUCUUCCCCUUGUAACGCAUUUCCUAAUAUUGAAUCAUUUUCGUUCCCAUGAUUUCAUGUUCAUGUCUGAUUAUGAUGUUUUGUGUUACAUAUGGGCCAAAUGCUACUAAACGAAACCUAAAAUUUGAAUGGGUCGGGUGGGUUUCCAGGUAGCCGGGAUGGGCUUUAUCCAUCGGACUAUCCGAUAAACUAACUAACUAACGCAGUCGUUCGGCCCGCUCACUCUGCCUCUCCUUUCUUCUUCACUCAUUGAUUUGAUUGGGUCUUCUCUUCUUCGCAUCCCUUUCUCCUCUCCAUCGGGACUCCAACAAUCGUCCACGUCUUCUUUCUUCGGCUCUCUCCCACACUGCCUGGCAUUUCCCUUCUGAUCUCCACUCGAACUCUUUCCCACCGCCAUGGAAAUCGAUCCUCCCCUCCCCAACGGCAACUCUCCAGCCGCCGCACCCCUCCCCGUCCAUCCUGCUUCUACCGUCACCACCCCCGCGCCGCCGUCGAACCUGGCGCAACUGACAGAAUCCUUGAAGCUUGAGCACCAGUUUGCCCGCGUCCCCUUCGAGCACUACAAGAAGACGAUCCGCGCUAAUCACCGCGCUGUCGAGAAGGAAAUCUCUUCCGUCGUCUCCGGCGUUAAUGAAGCCGCCGGUUCCGAUUUGACCAAGGACGACGCCGUCGAGCACCUCACCUCCCUCGUCUCCAGAUUGCAGGGACUCAAGAGAAAGCUGGAAGAAGGUAGUCGUACCGAGAACCUGCAAGCACAAAGGUGUCGUGCUCGUCUUGACCAUUUAGAAUCAGCAGAUGCUGAGAAUUUGACCGAAUGGAGCAACACGCGUCUGAAGCGAAUUCUUGUAGACUAUAUGUUGCGGAUGUCUUACUAUGACACUGCAACGAAGCUAGCUGAAAGCAGCAACAUUCAGGAUCUGGUUGAUAUUGAUGUAUUCCAAGAAGCGAAAAGGGUUAUUGAUGCUCUCCAGAAUAAAGAAGUGGCUCCUGCUUUAGCUUGGUGCGCUGAAAACAAGUCACGGUUAAAGAAGUCCAAGAGCAAAUUCGAGUUCCUGUUGAGACUUCAAGAGUUCAUAGAAUUUGUGAGAUCCGAUAAUCACAUGCGUGCCAUUGCAUAUGCUCGGAAAUAUCUUUCUCCAUGGGGAGCUACCCACAUGAAAGAGUUGCAGAGGGUCAUGGCCACUCUGGCUUUCAAGAGUGGUACUGUAUGUGCUGCAUAUAAGGUUCUUUUCGAGCCGAAGCAAUGGGACUAUCUGGUGGACCAAUUUAAACAGGAAUUCAGCAAAUUAUAUGGGAUGACUGUUGAACCACUGCUGAAUAUUUACCUACAGGCAGGGCUAUCUGCCCUGAAGACCCCAUAUUGCUAUGAUGAUGACUGCCCGAAAGAGGAUCCACUAUCGCAAGAGACCUUCCGCAAGUUAGCAUUGCCAUUACCCUACUCUAAGCAGCACCACUCAAAGCUCGUCUGCUACAUAACUAAAGAGCUCAUGGACACUGAGAACCCACCACAAGUCUUGCCCAAUGGCUAUGUCUACAGCACUAAGGCACUUGAAGAGAUGGCCAAGAAGAACUACGGUAAGGUGACCUGUCCAAGAACAGGACUGGUUUGCAAUUACUCAGAUGUGGUGAAAGCAUACAUUUCAUAAAUCAUGGAGAUCUACAGAAUCCCUUGAUCUUGUAAGAGUGCUUAACGACUUCCCAGCGAGAUUAUGUGAAUAUUAGUGCUGGGCCAUAAAACUUGCUGGACAACCUACUUCCCUGGGUAACUCCUCUUGUUCCUUUGCCUUACGAUUGGCGAUUGUCUCUGGAUACAUUACAUUGUAAAUAUUGCAUGUAUUGCUCAAAAGAAACCGAGUUUAUCUUCGAUCAGAAUAACCAAAAUCCAGAAUGGGAUUGAGGAGUAGUUAUCCCCCUUUUUCUGUUUCCUCUUCCUGAACAUUGUAGAUAUUGUUGUCCAGCCAGGUGAUGGAAUGUACUUCAACUUAAUAUAUCAUUUUGUUCUCUACAUCGGAUGCACUAGAUGCAACGAUGCGAGUCUGCGGUUUUGCAGUACAGCUUAGGAACUAAGCCAAAAUAAUGUAAUAGCCGCAAUGAACUGAAUUUCUUCGA